GGAGGGAAAGAUCCGGCAAAUAAGCGACGUAAACAUUGCGGCUUCAGAGAAAUCCCAAAAAUGAAGACGUUCGGACUUUGCUCUUCUCUCUUUAGGAUAAAUGCGACACAGGCGAAUAAACAUGGGAUCAAUUCAGCUUUAAGAUUUUCUACCACGUCCACUAUACGGGGACCAGAGAAGAGGCGUUACAUACCCCGCAGGGCUGUCCUCUAUGUCCCCGGUAGUGAUGAGAGAAAGCUGAAGAAAAUUCCGAGCCUUGGAGCUGACUGCAUUGUCAUGGACUGUGAAGAUGGAGUUGCACUCUCAAAGAAGUUUCCAGGUGCCACAAGGACUAAUGAAGCCAAGGAGUUAUCAUUUGCAAGACAAUACGUUGUUACUGUAGCAAAGGCUUUUAAGCUGCAGGCUAUUGAUCUGGUGUACAUUGAUUACAAAGAUUUGGCAGGGUUGAAAGUCCAAAGUGAAGAAGGAGCAGGUAUGGGUUUUACAGGCAAGCAGGUAAUCCACCCAGGGCAGGUGCCAGUUGUACAGGCUGCCUUUUCUCCACCCCCAGAGAAGAUCGAGUGGGCCAAGGCUCUCAUUCAGGCCUUUGAGGAACACCAGAAGGAAGGAAAAGGAGCCUUCACGUUCAGAGGUAACAUGAUAGACAUGCCACUCCUCCUGCAGGCACGCAACAUUGUGCAGUUGGCGUCAAGUCUGUAGGGAAUAGAAAGAGUUACUGAAUAUGUGAUAAGGAUAAAGGUUACACUAGAUGUUGAUGAAUCACGUUUUGAAAUAUCGUGCAUUUUUCUUUACCUCAAUUUAUAUGAAACCAGAGUGCUUAGAAUAUGAGAAAAUAGUGCAGAUGAAAAUGUUUAUUGAUGAUUAGUAAAUAGGAAUGUGUUGCUAACAGAACUGAAUUGAUAUAUGUAGGAAUCAGAGUAACAAAAAUUUUAUGAUGACAGCAAAGAAAUAAGGAGAAGAUAGCCAAGAGAACAACAAUAACAUUUAACCGUCACAUGAGAGGAUGAAUGUCUGAAGAAAAAAAAAACUCCAGUGGUUGGUCUUCCUGAUUUCAAUAAAAUAACUGAAAAUCUUGAAUUAUAGAGUUAAAUACCCUUUUGGCUAUUCAGACAGACCAGACCACUUUAACCUAGUCCUCAUAAACCCUCAAACAGCUGGCAUGGAGAAGUAAGGUGUCUCUUUCUUUGCCAUUCUCCACAAGAAUAUAAUGUUACGCCACCUACUUUUAAAGGGUAAAAAAGUCUCAUAUCCUGGUGGAUCAACAAUCGUUCAUUAACCAUAUCACAAUUUCUUUAGUAAAAGGGCAUAACAUUUCAAAUUUAAAGGCAUAGAAAGAAAAAUGAAGUACAUAAAACAGGUAUAUGCCCAAAUAUUUUAAUCAUCUUAGCUCAAAUCAUCUAGGUGGGUCAGGUACACAAAUUUGGCCUAGGAACUCAUUGUAUAGAUGACAAAAUAUUUGUUGGAUGAAAAAUUAACUUUAAAAUGGAGAAAUAAGCAAGCAACUAAAUCAUCUGGAUGUCUUGGGAAAAAGAUCAUUGAAGAAACCAAGGACUAUUAGUGGGCAGUAGUAGAAUCCUCUUCAGAAAUACCAUGACAACCUAAGAAAACACAAGCCUUGGAUUGCUAGAAAAAUAUCACUAUUUCUUUUUCUGAUACAUUGGCAAAUUAUCAGGGCAUCAGGAAUGUUGGAACUAGAAAUAAUCAUGUGGGUAAUAGGUGACUUUUUUUUUAGUUUGUGUUAAUUCAAAUUUAUCUCCUAAAUGUGUAAAGGAAAGCUGCCUUUAACCUUUAUAAGUAUAUUUACUUUUGUACUUGUAAUGUAAAUAUGAAAUUAUUUUGUGUUAAUAGAUGUAUAUAGAUGAUA